GUCCGCUUAGUUAUGAUGAAAUUUGUCAAAUGGAGAUGUUGCAUGCCGGCACAGACUUGCAUACACUCGGUUCAAAUCCCACCAACAAUAUUGCCGCCGUUGGGAAUACUGGUGCAGCGACAGCAACGAUGCUGCCCAUUAUGGUGAUACCAACAUCGAUGAUGCCACCAGGCACCAUUUUAACAGCAACUACGCCCAGCAGUAUAGAUGGUGGCAAUUGUGAGCAUUUUUAUCAAUUGCAGCCCACUCACAUACUAACAACCGCGCCGCCAACUGCUGCCGCCACUGCGGUCGUCAACAAUACAGCAGUCAACGUCGCAAACUUACAGAACGUCAACUGCGGCAUUGUUGAUAACGAUGGAACAGUAAAUAUAUCUCAACCAACCCACCAAAUACUCCAAGCACAACCCAUUCUAUUGCCGAAUGAGUUACAGAAACAGCAUCCACAACAGAUUCCACAACAAGCCGCCAACGUCAGCAGUGGCGUUGUGCCAGCCACUGUCAACAUAUUAUACACUGGCACACUCACAAAACCACGUCCUACUGUUGCACCCUUAACUCGUAAUACUUUGGAAAGCGCCACAUUGCCGCGUGGCUUUCAACCAAGCACAUUUAUGCCAACAGCGUUGUCUGUUGCUCAUGCCGACGAAAGCGACUUUGAGGGCAGCGAAUGCGGCACUAGCAUUUCAGCCACAACAUGCAUACCACCUUUUCGUUUCAGCGGUUGUGGCAUGAUACUGCAACCUGCAACAGUAAGUACAGAGCAACAUCCAAGCCACCCACAAAGUCAACAGAAACAGCAUCAACAGCACCAGCAACAUCAGCACGAGCCGCAAGUUGUCGGUUGUGGUUCGUUGUCGCAUAUGAUGGGAUCGUUUGCUGCCGCUGCGGGUGGUGCUAUGCAGUCGGGUCGAUUUGUUGGCACGUUGGCGGGGGUUAGUGCUGGUCUGUCCGGCACUCUAGGACGCAAUCGGCGUUCGACUGCAACUACUGCUGGCAACAGUGGCCAUAACACAGAUAAUGUUACACAAACUCCCAAACGUGUCUCGUUCAAAGGAGAUAAUUUACCGCCGGAGGAAAUGCAGCUAGAGGAUAAUGGAUUGCAUGCGGAUAGGUUCAAUAAUUGCUCCUAUAUGCAUUUUGACAAUUUUAUGGAUUAUCAGACCACAGGUUUUGGCGGUCUACCCGAUGUAACCGAACAUUCAAAUAUACGGCGCACACUUUCCCGCCAAAACUCAAUAUCAAACAGUGAUUCGGGCGGAGAAAUCGCCAGCAUACAAAAAUCAAAAGUAAAUUUUGGUGAUACUAAAUCAUCAACUUCAUCUGGCACGGCAAGCGGGAAACGCAAUAAAUCAAAGGCAGCACAGCAGAAUGACAACGUCGAGGUACAACGAUACAAAAGCAGACGUGGAUCUUGUGUGAUUGUGCUUACACUAAUGGCCGCCGUUUGCCUACUUAUAGUGGCAGCUACUCUGGCCUAUCAGCAUUUCUUAAUGGGGCCGAGUCGAAAUUCGCACGCACAAAGACUGAAAAUUGUACAUCGCAUACUACGCGAGGUUCCGUUAGUCGAUGGUCAUAAUAACUUUGCUUGGAAUGUACGCAAAUAUGCACACAGUAGUUUGGAAUUGGUGCACCUAAGUCAAGACCUAGAUCAUAAGUCGAUGUGGACACGUCCGUCGUGGGCACAAACCGAUAUAGACCGUUUAAAACAAGGACUUGUUGGUGUGCAAGUAUGGUCAGCCUAUGUGCCAUGCGAAGCUCAAGGCUUGGAUGCAGUCCAAUUGGCAUUGGAACAAAUAGACAUUGUGCGGCGCCUAGCGGACAUGUACUCCCAAGAUACAGUACUAGUUACGUCUUCUAAAGAUAUUUUAGCGGCGCGUCGUCGUGGCCUAAUGGCAUCUUUAAUUGGCAUCGAGGGCGGACAUGCAAUUGGCUCUUCGCUUGGUGUGUUGCGUUCAUUUUACUCUCUUGGUGCACGCUAUUUGAGCCUGACACAUAAAUGCGAUGUGUCAUGGGCGGGUGCGAGUGUCUCACCAUUAGAAAACGGUCUAACGCAAUUUGGAAAAGCAAUUAUACGCGAAAUGAAUCGUUUGGGCAUGAUGAUUGACUUAUCCUACAGUUCGGAUGCAACAGCCCGUGAUGUGCUGCAAGAAACACGUGCGCCAGUCAUUUUUUCGCAUUCCGGAGCGCGACAGUUAUGCAAUUCAACACGCAAUGUGCCCGAUGAUAUAUUGCGUUUAGUAGCAGAAAAUGGUGGACUCAUCAUGAUUAGUUUUGAUACCGAAGAUGUUACGUGUGGACGACAGUCACGGCUAAAGGACGUUAUUGAUCAUAUAAAUUAUGUACGCGCAAUUGCAGGUGUACAGCACAUUGGCAUCGGUGCUGGUUAUGAUGGUAUAGAAAUGCCACCGAUUGGUUUAGAGGACGUGUCAAAGUAUCCUGAUUUAUUGGCUGCACUGCUGGAGGAUCAUAAUUGGAGCGAAGAAGACAUUGCAAUGUUGGCGGGCAAAAAUUUUCUACGUAUUAUGGAAACGGUUGAGAAUGUGCGUGACUAUUGGAAACGGGCCGCCAUACAGCCAAUUGAACAGACUGAACCACAACCAAAAACCCAAUGUACGUAUAUGUCAUCGUGACCACAAGCACAAGCAGUGCGUACAAAUGAUAUGACGACAGCCAGGAAACCUAAUAAAACUAGUUCGAUUCAUGGUGAGCCAUUUCGCAGCAUGGCAGCUAGCAUUUCUGACGCAAUGAAUUUGGGUAUGAAUUUUUUAGAUGUGAAGGCAUAAAAUCAAAUUGUAUAUUAAAUUAUUAUUAUUAAAUUAUUAUGUCAUUAAAUCAAAAUUUUGUUAUGCUACAACAAUGAGCCAACAAAUGAGUUGAACACGAGAAUAUUGCAAUAAUACGCAGUAAUAAACUUUAUUUUAUGACGAACAAUUCCGUAUCAAAUUUAGUUGUGCGCAUAUAAAAGAAAGGAAAUAAUUUUAAUGAGUAUGUAGUAUCACAUUCCAGAAAACUUUCCCACAUGUGGUUAUAAUAAUAAUAAUAACAUAAUGAA